AUGGAGAAUGCGUAUAUGGAUUACAUCUGUUCUUUGUACACAUUUCAAAUACUCCAUGCGUUUUCGACACAGCUCGCAAUUCAUCAAUAUUUGAGGAGUUAUCAAUUUAUAACACAACGAAUAUUAACGUCAACUUUAUUUGGGAUUUCUGGAGCGUUGAUGACGUCCCUACUUUUUACUUUUGAGAUGCGGUGUCCUCUCGACUUUUUAUUGGUCCAACUUUUAGUAGCAUGUUUACUUGAAGUACCUUUUAUUUCCUCUAUGUUUGAAAAACAUAUUAUUCUACGUGACGUUGUGACGUUUGUUCGAGGUAUUCGACUUUCAAACAAAGCCAUUCAGAUGGUAUUGUUAGCGAAAAUGUCAAACACAGAGUCGGUAUUUAUUGUAAUCCCCCACUCAUUUUUUGCUUCUUUUGGUAACGAUGUCUCAAAAUGGCUUUUGAAAUAUAUUCUCAACAUCCCUGUUAGUGCUUUCAAACCAUUUAUAGUCGUUCCUUGGACUUUUGUUUCAGAAAUUAUAGUAGCACUGCCCCUUUAUUAUUCUCAUUUUGCAGUAGAAGGGAAUGAUCGUUGGUAUGACGCGCUAACAAUUGCGUUUGGUCUUUUCAUUGCUGUUAAUGCAAUCCUUGAAAACCACAUAGACGCCACCAUAUUUGAUUACUUUUUUGAUCUCUUUACUCCAAAACAGAAAGAGGAGCAAAAAGAAAAGGCAGAAAAUAACGACCAACUCCACGAAAAACAAAACUAG